UUUUUUUUGUCAAACGAAAGUCCAAGAACUAAGUAGACCAGACCCAGCUGCUAUUGCAUCGGUGUCUAUGGGAGAUCCACCCCGUUAAGUAGACCGGAACUUACCAUUUUUUUCAAUAGUAAACGGCCUGAGUGAACAAUCUUCAUUUAUCCGCCAUUCACUUCUUCUUUUGGCUCGAUUUAUUUUUCUCCUGUGAUCAUGGCUGCGCCAGCCAUGUUUGCUCAUUUGAAACCCAAAGGUUAGAGAAUACCUGUUUAUUAUUUACAUCGCCUGUACGGUCUUCAACCAUAUUUGUUCACUCGGAGGAUCAAAGGCAUCAGUGCCUUUGAAAUUCAAGGUUUACAAGAUGGAGGCGAACAACCAUUUCAACUAUGGCACCCACUCCUCUGUGUCUGCUAACUCAGGACUGAAACUCUCCUCAGAGGAUUCUGUCUAUACUAACGGGUCCUCCAUGAGUUUUCCUCAGCAGGAGAAGAAUAUGAACGGCGAAAUGAAUGUGAAUGGCAUCACUACUGUAAUUGGGUCCAGUGUGCCUGGCUCCCACUCUCCAACAGCCCCAUACCCUCAUAUGAGCAACCACCACCAGAGUAGCAUGGGCUUCGACUACCUGUGGGGAGGACAGCCACAGUACAGCCCAGCCAUGAGCUUGUCUCCUGGGCAUGGCAUGCACCAGAAGCAGCCUCCCACUGGGGUGAUGCAGCAACAGAGCCAGCAGCAUUUCCAGGGUCACGGACAGUGCCAACUGAACGGGGGCAUGCCUGGGUCCUGUCAGCCCCCCGUGGUGGCCCCAACAAACAUGACUCUUACAGGGGGCCAGUACUGGAACAGGGGUAUCCCGGGGCAACAGCAGAGCAGCGCAGCCAUGGUAAUGGGAUAUAACUCACACAGCGUGUACGGGGCGUACCAGAGCCAGGUGCACCCUGGGAUUGCGACCUCACAACAUCACCAGCAACAGCCUCCACAGCCACCCCCUCACCAACAGACACAGCAACACCUCCACCCACACCAGCAGCAACAGCAACCUCAGCACUACAGCAUGGUGUCCAACGGGAUGCCCUACUACCAGCCCCAGCACCCACCUCUUCCCGCUCCACAACCCCAGUCUCAGGCUCAGAUGAUGCCCCCUACCUCCCAGAAUUUCACCCCUCCACGGGACAGCCCCCAGCACCACCAGAUGGGACGGGGGGUAACAGGCAGCCCCCUCCCCAUGGGGUUGUCCUCUGUCCCCAUGAUGUCACCCUCGACGAUGGCGGAUAGUGGAUCGCUCCUGAGCCAGACCAGGGAGAGGAGUCCCCAUGGUGGUUCUGUGGGGAUGCCUGCUGUCAUACAUGGUGAGAUGCACAUAUUUACACAGGUGGGCGGAUGAGUGAAGCGUUUAAGGAUGUGGAUAAAGGCUACAACGGGAUGGAGAGAGCAUCUGUCUCCCAGCGACUGCCUAAAAGCGACAGCU